CCUUGCCAAAAGCAAGAAAGCAAAGCGGCUAAUAUAUUUUAACUGCCGGCAUUUGUUGUGCCUAUGAAGAUGGUGGGAGAGGACGCCGCCGUGAAGCACCAGAAAGUCGGCGACUUCUCGAUCAACGUUGCCGGCGGCGGCGAAUCUAAGUGCUUCGACGACGACGGCCGCCUUAAGAGAACCGGAACUGUGUGGACUGCAAGUGCACACAUUAUAACGGCCGUGAUUGGGUCUGGAGUGCUGUCUUUGGCAUGGGCCGUGGCCCAGCUCGGAUGGAUCGCCGGCCCAAUAGUGAUGAUCUUGUUCUCUUUCGUAACCUACUUCACCUCCAGUCUUCUCUCCGAAUGCUACCGCUCCGGCGACCCCGUCGACGGGAAGAGAAAUUACACCUACAUGGACGCCGUCCAGUCAAAUCUCAGCGCGCUUCAGGUGAAGAUUUGUGGGGCCAUUCAAUAUGCAAAUCUGUUUGGUGUAGCUAUUGGUUACACCAUUGCCUCUUCCAUUAGUAUGAUGGCAAUAAAGAGGUCAAAUUGCUUCCAUGCGAGUGGGGGGAAGAACCCGUGCAGGAUAAACAGCAACCCAUACAUGAUCAUGUUUGGGGUGGUGGAAAUCUUCGUCUCCCAAAUCCCAGACUUUGACCAGAUCUGGUGGCUCUCCAUUGUGGCUGCUGUCAUGUCCUUCACCUACUCCACCAUUGGCCUUGCCCUUGGCAUUGCCAAAGUUGCAGAGAAUGGGAAGGUGCUAGGAAGCCUCACUGGGAUUAGCAUUGCAACUGUGACUCCAAUGCAGAAGAUAUGGAGAAGCACCCAGGCUCUGGGAGACAUAGCCUUUGCCUAUUCCUACUCCCUCAUCCUCAUCGAGAUCCAGGACACCCUCAAGUCCCCGCCCGUAGAGUCAAAGACGAUGCGGAAGGCGACCAUCACCAGCGUCGCGGUGACCACCUUGUUCUACAUGCUCUGCGGCUGCUUCGGCUACGCCGCGUUCGGCGACCAGUCCCCCGGCAACCUCCUCACCGGCUUCGGCUUCUACAACCCCUUCUGGCUCCUGGACAUAGCCAACGCCGCCAUCGUCGUCCACCUCGUCGGCGCCUACCAAGUCUACUCCCAGCCCCUCUUUGCAUUCGUGGAGAAAACCGUUGCCGAACGGUACCCUGAGAGCCGGUUCAUCGCCCGGGAGAUCCCGGUCUCCGUGCCCGGAUUCAAAGCCCCCUUCAGACUCAACCCGUUCAGGUUGGUCUGGAGGACGGCUUUCGUGGUCACGACCACAGUCCUCUCCAUGCUCCUGCCUUUCUUCAACGACAUCGUCGGGAUCCUCGGGGCGUUCGGGUUCUGGCCCCUGACCGUUUACUACCCGAUCGAGAUGUACGUCGUCCAGAAGAAGAUCCCGAAGUGGAGCACCAAAUGGGUCUGCCUCCAGAUGCUCAGCGCCGCGUGCCUUGUCAUAUCAAUCAUGGCCGGCGUGGGGUCCUUCGCCGGAGUCGCCACCGAUCUAAAGGUCUACAAGCCCUUCAAAACCAGUUACUGAGAAAAAAAAGAAAGAUCUCUUGUGUGUGUUGUUGUUGUUCUUUGCUUUUCCAUGUUUAUAGGAAAAUUUUCUUGACUUUCCCGCCUAAACUGGCAAGUGUGCCUCUGAUUUUCUUCAUUUCAAAAUAUAUAAUAGAGAAAAGUCAGAUCAGUGUCUACAUGUCAUUCCAUAACUAGUUGUACUAUAUGUGUUAUCAGUGUUUGUAACAGCCAAUUUGUUCUUCAUUUCCAAAAGUGUACUCAUCUAUCAAUGUCUUUGUGUCAUUCGCACUUUUAUCAUUUUUG